UCAGACAUAGCAGACGUGCUAACAAACGCACCCCGUUGUUAACGGAAAUUUUGCCGGGUGGUUCGUAAACUUUUGCCGGCACAACGUUUGCCAUGGAGGGAGAAUUCCUCUUCGUUGCGGUGGUUCUAGUGCUGAGUGGUCACACGGAGGGACAGACCACUGUGGCAAACGCUGAACAAGGGUGUGGACGAGCGGACGGGGGUUAUAUGGUCAUACGUGGCUUAUCCGGCGCCAUCUCUAGCCCUGGUCACCCUGCCAUGUACCCAUCUAACUCAGUCUGCGCGUGGAGGAUCAUUGUCGAUGAAGGUCAGCGGAUCGUUAUAGUCUUCAACGCGUUGGAUAUUGAAGUCGACGCGCAGUGUAGGUAUGACUACUUCCAGAUUCGUGACGGAUCGGAGCCCUCUGCCGCUUCCCUGGCCAAAGUUUGCGGAAACUCCCUCCCGAGCCCGGUAACAAGUUCGGGGAACAAUGUACUCAUCACCUUUAGGUCCGACGACAGCGUUGGCGGCGAGGGUUUCGGCAUAGAGUGGUCGGUGGAGUGCCUACCUACCCUGAUCUCCUGUGACUACAGCGCCACCUGCAUUAACCAGUCAAAGACAUGCGACCUGAUCAAUGACUGUAACGACUGGACAGACGAGGGUGCAGAUUGUCUAGAACAGGGCUUGGGGGCUUAUGCAGCGCUCAAGAACGCUGGAUGCUCAAGUAACAUCGAGAACAUCGUGGAAAACGGAACUCUGUCCACCCCGAACUACCCGAGCUUCUACAUCGCUGGGAUGGACUGUGCAUGGACCCUGAGCGCGGCCCCUGAGUCGGACGGGCGCUACCCCACCAUUCUCGCCAGCUUCGACGAUCCAUUCGGCGUCGCUUGCAGCGCGGGAAACAUUGAGAUCUCAACAAGCGACAGCAACGGGGUAGUGGAGAGCACGACCGUGUGCGGGGACCAGGCGGGGCCCAUCGCGAUCGGCGCCGAGGAGGGGCAGACCAUGAUCCUGACGUUCUCCCCGAGCUCCGUCCCCAUCGGGCAGGGUUACCGGGUGCAGUGGAGCCUUUGCCCGCCGGACUCUCUGGCGUGUCCGGUGACGGGACAGUGUUUCCCUCCUGAAAGCGGUGUGCUGAGCUGUCCAAGCCUCAUUACUACAACACAGGACAUGUGUAAGUUUCAUUGA